AUGGCCGAUGCCAGGCGAGCACAGCAGAAGGCCGCUGCAGCGCGGCGGAGGCAGCUGCCUGAGCAGCAGCAGGGCAACCCCUCCUGGAAUCUGGACCGCAUUGAUCAGCAGGCGCUGCCGCUGGACCGCUUGUAUCAUUAUGAUGCUACCGGCACCGGCGUCAAUGUCUACCUGCUGGACACUGGCAUCCGCUUCUCACACCAGGAGUUCCGCUCGCAGGCAGGCGGCACCGCUGUGCGCGCCCGCCACGGCUUCUCCGUGUUUGGAGACAACAAUUCAAGCGACUGCAAUGGGCAUGGUACGCACACGGCAGCCACUGUGGGCGGGCUAAGCUACGGCGUGGCGAAGAAUGUAACGCUGUGGGCGGUGCGCGCCAUGGACUGCGCGGGCGGCGCCAAAGUGUCGGCCAUCCUUGAUGCAUUUGAGUGGAUUGCAGGCAAUGCCAUCCAGCCUGCGGUGGUGAGCAUGAGUGUGGCAGGCGACAUGAGCCCCGCAGUGAACGAGGCUGCACGGCGGCUGGUGGAGGAUCACCUGAUCCCCAUGGUGGUGGCGGCAGGCAACAGCCAGGAGAAUGCUUGCCUGAUGUCCCCUGCUAGCAGCCCCUGGGUUCUCAGCGUGGCUGCGGCAGAUGACCAGGAUCGGCGAUGGGCCAAGUCCAACUGGGGUCCUUGUGUAGAUGUGCACGGCCCGGGAGUCUCUGUGCUGAGCGCCACCGAUAUGUCUGACACCGCCACCCAGCUCAAGACGGGCACCUCCAUGGCCACCCCACACGUGACAGGCGUGGUGGCACUCUACCUCGAGAGCCAUCCGGUACGUUGCUGGCUGCCUGGACCGCCGCUGGUCGUUUGGCUGCAUGCUUGA